GUCAUAUCGUUCGCUUGCCAGUGAUCGCUUGCUAGCAUGACAGACAAAAAGAAACAGCCAAGCUUCGGAGAAAGAGUGAAAAUCAACGUCGGUGGCACCAUAUUUGAAACUUCGCUUUUCACUCUGACAAGACUAGACAAUACGAUGCUUUCUGCCAUGGUCGCUAAUCGUUGGAGAAACCAAGAAGAGCUCUUCAUUGACCGAAGUCCGACUCAUUUCGCAAAAGUACUGGAUUACCUCAGAGAUGGUGCAAGUUUUGCUCUUCCUAAAGACGAUGAUGCUCGACAAGCUCUUCGUAAAGAAGCUGAGUUUUACAACAUUCCCGACCUUGCCAAGAUGUGCUGCUAUGAGUUCAAAGUCUUAAAUAAAGUGCAGUGGAAGGACAACAAUGUUAUUGAGGCAUAUUGGAAAUUUCUUGUCAGACAUCUGUUUAAUCCAUCAGAUAAGAAGACGUGUAUGGCUUGUAUGUGCACUGUGAACGGAUAUGUGGGUCCCACCACAACUGCGUCUUACAGUAUGGGGCGUUCUGUGUCGCCUUCAAAUUAUGAUAAUUGGGUGCUCCUGAAGCACCAUAUGCGAACCAUGAAAGGGACCGUGGCACAGGUGUUUGAGCAGUGCUGCCGUGUGAAGUAUAGCUCUGCGCACGAGCUACAUCUUCCGAAAUCUGCAUUGCGUUUAUCGAGAUAAUCUUAGAUUUUGCAUGUAUUCUUCGAAAUUUUAUUCUGUACUGAAUGUCUAAUCUCCACAUCAUGAUAAUGUUGUCCUCAGUGUGAAGCGAAACACCAUCUAUCUGUAGUCCAUGCAUAUCUUGUGCCUCAUAAAAC